GAUUCAAGAUAAUGUUUAAAUUAAGGCUUUAGCUUUCAAUUGGCUCCAGUCAUCCAACAGAUUUUUUAAAAGUAAUUUUGCACAAUUUUUUAAAGAUGCAUGUAUAGGAUAUCGACUGUCAAAACAUUUAUCUGAUGCAUUUACUCGUUUUCAAAGGAUUUUUUCAUGUAUAAAAGGCGAGUACAAAAGUACUCGUUUGCAAUAAAAUCGACGAGAAACUGCUCAAUAUUGCACAGUGAACUCAUGCCGUAUCAUAACCAAUGACGUGGAUAUAGGUUAAGUUUCUCCACGCUCACGCACAAACAAAUCGAGUCAUCAAAUACAAGAAACACAUCUCUAAGAGAAAAUUCUCUGUAAAUAAUGUUUGAGAUCACGGAUACACAGAAAAUCGGAGUGGGACUCGCGGGAUUUGGAAUUUCCUUCUUGUUUCUUGGUGUACUGUUACUCUUUGAUAAGGGUUUACUUGCCAUUGGAAAUCUCUUAUUUAUAGCAGGACUUGCGUGUGUAAUCGGACCAUGGAGGACUUUAAAUUUCUUCUUUCAAAGGCAUAAAAUGAAAGCCAGCGCCUCAUUUCUAGGAGGGGUUUUUGUAGUACUUAUGGGUUGGCCCAUUGUGGGAAUGAUUUUAGAAACCUAUGGUUUUGUAUUGUUGUUCAGUGGUUUUCUACCAGUAGCAAUAAAUUUUCUACGAAGGGUGCCUUUAUUGGGAACUGUAUUGAAUAUGCCUGGCAUUAGUCGAAUUUUGGACAUAAUAGCGGGCGAUUCUAAUAGAACGACUGUAUGAUGAUUGUGUGAUUCAACACAUUUGCUUGCAACCUGUAUAUAAAAUAAUGGUAUGUCAUGUUCCAUAUAUUCUUUUUCUGUCAUUCCUGUUUCAAUAUAUCGUCAGUCGUCAAGCAGAAAUCUUUGUACAAAAAUUUAAAAAUAAUUCACUUUCUAUGAAUGUUAAAUAUAAGAAAAUAUUAAUAAGCCUAGUAUAUUUAUAUGUUUACAUAAAUGACUUGUACGUUCCAUCUGAUUAAGUCAAGGGUACACUACUCGGUUGUAUCAAGCAUUCCAUAAAUUUUGAUAACAGAAAAUAAUUUUUCUUCACUUCAGUUUUGAUUUAAUUAGUAAAAAAAUAAUGGCCAAAAACGUACCCUUUUCCUGAUCGGAUGAUAAAUGUUUUGAGACAAAAUAAAUGGAUGUUUCAACAUGUGUCAUGAAA